CAAUCGUUUAAUCAAUGAUAAACAUGAAGGAAAAGAAAAUGUGCUAAGAUGGCUCAACAUAUACUAGGGAUAAUAUUCCUUAGUAUCUGGCCCGUGGCUACACAAAGUCAGUUACCAAUGACAUAUAAAACAAUCGUACCAAGAGAAGUCAAGCUCCAUGAAACAUUCUAUAUGUUCUGUGACACUAGCCUUGCUGGGAUUGGCGUAGACCAAACACCGUUAGGAGUUCAGAAAGUACAGCUGACGAUGGGAUCAAUGCAUGCGACGUUUGAUAAUACAACUUAUUCAUCUGCUUUGAAACAAGACUGGCUUGGUUAUUAUUUCGGACGGUUGGUCAACGAACAUGGCUUUUUCGAUGCGAAAAAGAGGAGUCUGCUUAUCCUGGUCCUGAAGGCGGAAGAAUCCGACAGCGGUGAAAUAUGUUGCUCUGUCACUUACCCUAACACCAGCCUCGCAAUGGAGGAGGGCAAACGCUGUGAGACGGUAAAAGUUACCAAUAAAGCAAUAGUCAAUAAAGUGAUAACCCGAGCUAAAGAUCCAGCGCUUAUAAUGUGUGAUGCCGACCUGGCAGGGGUUCCAAUGGACACUACAGAACUGGAAACAUUGACUCUAUCAUGGGUGGAUCAACUACUCGAUGGAAGCUCGAGAGUGUUGUUCAACAUGUCUGUUGAAAUCCCCAAUGGAGUAAACAUACUAAAGAAUCCUGCGAAGUCCCACUGGGCCUACACCCACACUACGCCAGUCGUAAACCCAAACAAGAUGUUUAACAAGACUGAAGUUACCCUUGGGAUAACCAUCAAUGAAACCAGUUACACGGACACUGGGUAUUUCUGCUGCGCCGUUACGUACCUAAACACGGAUGGCGACAAGAUUUUUAAACAUGGAUGCCAAUAUUUAGACGUUGUGAACUGCCCCCUGCGAUCAACGCUAGAAAACGGAAAGUGGAAGAACUGCUCGCCAAAGGGAGGCUGUACCAUUGAGUGCGACCCUGGGUAUGUUCUAGAAGGUCCUGCCACCGUCCACUGUGUUGUUGACGUCAGACAGGCGACGUGGACCGAGCAAGGGAAAUGCGUUCAAGUUGGGUGUGUAGAUCCGCCCAGUGUUGACCACGGCAACUGGAAGAGCCCCUGCGAGCGCACGGUCGGCAGCAUUUGUUCACUGGAGUGUGAAAAGGGCUAUAACUUAGACGGAGCUGACUAUGUCAUGUGUGUUGAAAAGUCCUACCAAUUUCAAUGGUCUAACGCAGGAACCUGCAAACAUGUCGGUGUGACGUGUGAAUUACCACCUGAAGUACAAGACGGCGACUGGAGACAUCCGUGUGAGCACACCGUCGACAGCGUUUGUUAUUUGACGUGUAACGAGGGCUACAUCGUGAGUGGCGUGGACAGCAUCACGUGUCACACAGUGGAUUUAUUGAACGAGUGGUCAGAACAUGGAGAGUGCAAAAAAAUUGCCCCAUACACAAUAAUCGUGCCGUCAUCAGUGAUUGCAACUGCACCAUUUAUCGCCGGAUGUGAAGCGGACUGGUCCAUCCUUAAACAGGUCUACAAACUGGAGCUCUCAUGGAAAACUGAGCGGAACCCAUUGCUGUUUUAUCAUUUCGGCUAUACAAUUUCUAAAGGAAACUAUUCUUUCCUCGGCCAUCACAAUGAGCUGAAAUCGGCCUGGUUAUUUAGCGUGCUCAACAUCCCACCAGAAAACCAGCCUUUCACGGCCAGCCCUAGACUUGAGAUCGAGGUACCGAAGGCGGAUUUUCAAGACACUGGCAUGUACUGCUGUGAGGUCACCUACAAUGAGACACUCGGGACGGUCAAGACUGCGCUUAGCUGUCAAAACCUCACAGAUGAUUCACACAUUUUUUUAAGCGAAGAUAUCCCACUGAGCUUCAUCAGAAACCAAAAUGCAAGUUUCCCUUUAACCUGUAAUGGUGGACCUGACGCAGAAAACAUCUCUAUUUACAGACUACAUGGUUAUAAUCUGACGAUUUUCAGAGAGUCCGAAAUAACCCAUGACAUGCCUAAACUAACCUGUGCAGAUAGUGGGGUUUACAAGUGUCAAGCGAAGCCUAAAAAUGGCACAGUCAUAGACAGAUGGAUGCGAUUAUUUGUAAAUGAUUCUCGACCAAGUCUCUGUGACCUUAAGGAUUUACGUAAAACAUUAGAAGUUUCGUUGAACCAAACAGUUGAUUUCAGCAUUUGUGUAGUUGUGCCAAAUUUGUUUAAAACAAAAUGGAUAGUCUAUCAAGAAAAGGUUUUAACUACUAAAAGUAAAUGCGCACUUAAUCUGUGCAUUGAUUGGUUUCAAUCGUCUGCAAACAAAGAAAUUUAUAUGCCACAUAUUCUACUAGCCGAUGUGUCUCUCGAAGAUAUCGGUGAAGUUUUUAUUCGAAUCGGGACAGGAAAAGAUUUCCGAAGAAACUACAUGAACUUUACAUUCAUUCUUCACAAUAUCGAUAUUAAAACACAUUUGUCGUUGAAAACUGAGAAUAGUGCAACAUUAUUUAUAAUAAUACCUGUAAUUGUUCUGACGAUGAUUGCUGUUGUCACAAGUUUUAUAAUUAUUAAAAAAGUCAAAAAAAGAAAAUUAAGAAACUCUUCUAAAGAUAAUCCAACCGAAAAUGUCGUAGAUGUUGAACUCAUGUACAGAAUUGCUAGGUCACUUAGGAGAAAUUCCCAAGACAUGGCGGCAGACUAUUUGUCCCUGUUUGAUUUCUGUCCUGAUCAACUCCCAGAAAUAAGUGGGGACAACAAAUACGGCGUUCUCGGUGAAAGAUUGGUUGAAGCGAACAUCUACGAAGACAUAGAUGCGAUAGCCAGUUCAAUAAAUGAUGAUACAUCUCAAGACGAUUAUAUACAAACUAUGUGA